AUGCAUGCUGAGUGGCAGACGGGCGAGGGUUAUCUAUCCAGCCUCGAUGAUAACCAGCACGCUAGCACGGUCAGACCAAAGGGCUUAUCGCAAGCUAAGCCUUUCAGCCAUUUUAUUGGCAGACACGGCAUCGGUUUAUAUUGCGGUGGUGGUGUGUGCGAGAGAGAGAGUCUGUAG